CGUGGUAUUUGCUAGUUGGUCUCUCCCCCCUUUUUCAUUCCCUCGUUCCUUCUGCUUCCUCCUCCGCCUCCUGCGAUGAUAGGAUGCAAGAAUUUGUUGUUGAAACCCACGGAGAGAAAUCGGAAGAGAAAGAGACGGAUAAAGAAUGGCAUCCCAACUGUUCUCAGAGAGCCAAACAUUACUUUCAGGAAACAACAAGAGCCGCCGCCACCAGAACCAACAGAAGAGGGAGAAGAGAAAGAAGAAGGUUUCAGCUUGAAGCCAUCAGCCCCAUCCCAAAGUCACGGCGUUCAGCCACUGGGCAAUCUCUAUUUUAGCGCCUCAUCUCAUAAUUCAAGAAACACUGGCCUUGGUAAUCUCCAAAUCCUCACUGAUGAGCUUGUUCUUGAGAUUCUCGGCUUGUUAAGCGGCACCCAUUUGGGUGUUCUCUCCACCGUGAGUAAAUCUUUCUAUGUCUUCUGUAACCACGAGCCGCUUUGGCGAAACCUUGUGUUGGAAAAUUUCAAUGGUGGGUUUUUGUAUAAUGGGUCUUGGAAAUCAACUUUUGUUGCUGGGUAUAGGCCGUUGUUUGAUGCUUCUUGCAUUGGGUGUUCGGGUUUGAAGGUGAGGGAUUUUUACUCGGAUUAUUUGUUCCAGAGUUGGCUCUGUGCUAAUCUUGAGAUGAAGCCCGAGUGGCUUGAAAGGGAUAAUAUACAGAGGACGAGAGGAAUUUCGGUUGAAGAUUUUGUAUUGAAUUUUGAGGAACCAAAUACGCCUGUUUUGCUUGAAGGAUGUAUCGAUGACUGGGUUGCAUUGGAGAAAUGGGACAGGGAUUAUUUGGUUGAGAUGUGUGGUGAAGUGAGGUUCUCAGUAGGGCCAGUGGAGACGAGGCUUGAAGAAUAUUUUAGGUACUCAGAUCAGGCAAGGGAAGAAAGGCCCCUUUAUCUUUUUGACCCAAAAUUUGCUGAGAAAGUUCCAAUAUUGGGGUCGGAUUAUCAAGUUCCGAGACACUUUAAUGAGGACUUGUUCAGUGUUUUGGGCAAUGAGAGGCCAGAUUAUAGAUGGAUUAUUAUUGGACCAGCUGGGUCUGGUUCAUCUUUCCACAUCGAUCCUAAUUCAACAUCAGCUUGGAAUGCUGUGAUCAAAGGGUCCAAGAAAUGGGUAUUGUUUCCCCCUGAUGUGGUACCUCCUGGGGUGCAUCCAAGCCCGGAUGGGGCAGAAGUGGCCUGUCCCGUUUCAAUAAUUGAGUGGUUCAUGAACUUUUAUGAUGCUACAAAGAAAUGGAAAAAGAAACCCAUUGAAUGUGUUUGCAAGGCUGGGGAAGUGAUCUUCGUACCAAAUGGGUGGUGGCAUUUGGUGAUCAACUUGGAGGAUUCUAUUGCAAUUACCCAAAAUUUUGUUAGCAGGAGGAAUUUGUUAAAUGUCCUGGAUUUUCUUAUGAGGCCAAAUGCGGAUACACUUGUAUCUGGAACAAGAGAUCGAGUCAAGCUGUUUGAUAAGUUUAAGAAUGCAAUUGAGGCAUCGUUCCCGGGACUUAUUGACCAGUUGGCAAUAAAAGUGGAGGAGAAAAAGAUCCAGCAGAAGAAACUUACCUUCUGGGAGUCGGUAACAGAUUCCAAUGCUGGUGCCUUCAAGUUUUCUUUCUCAUGAAACACCCAUGAAGUCCAAACUCGGCGAAAGAAAAGAAAAGAAAAUUGUGUUGCACCUUGCUAAUAUCUCUUGUGAGUCCAGAGUUUGGAAAAUUUAAUUGGAUACUGAAUCACUGUCUUUCCUUGUGCCAAAAGAAGAAGAAGAAGAAGAAGAAGAAGAAGAAGAAGAAGAAUUUUGUUUUUCCCAACUUGCAGAUUUUAGAAAGGGAAAAUUUAGGAUUUGGAAGGAACAUUAUUAGAUUAAUGACAGUUUUGAUUACAUUGAGGAGAACUAUUUAAACACAUCUGGAAUUUGUUAGUUAAGAUUACAUUGCUGUAAUGUGAUUACUUUUGUGAAAUCAAUUGACAGUUUUCAUUUGGCUGCAAUAUUAUUAUCCA